AUGAAGGCGCUUAGAGCUGGAUCGAAGGAGGCCGCCUCCUGUCCGGCCAUCAUCUCUGUUGCGGGAGCCACGGUGGACCUCCCCCCCGAACAGUGGAGGCUGCUCGCAGAGGAUAAGCGGCCCGGAUUGCACUCGUUUAAGUGGUUUAACGCGGUCGUCAAUGGCACGUUCAGGGACCUGGUCGACAAGAAGAGCUCGAACGCGAGCAUGCUCAUUCUGCUACACCCCGACCACUUGUCGCUUGACGGUGACGAGUGGAACACGCGGUUCGUUCGCGUUGCUAUUCCCACUGGUGGUGCGGAACACGUCACCGCGGCUGAUGCGAUUGUGGAGUGGUUUCAGGGUCGCGUCGACGAGGAUUUUGCGCGCGGCUCCAUCCAGUGCACCCGCUCCCGCCAGCUUAAUGAUCCCGAGCGUCUGUUGGAUCUGGACGCGACGUCAUUCCGCGGCUCCUGCGGCAACAUCGCUUGUCUGUUCGCGUUCGACAAGAUCAUUGCCCAGUUGGACGCGGUCGCUGCCAGUGGAUACGGGCCGCAAUUCUCGAGGCCAACCGCGAAGACUCUGAAUGCACUGCGGCAUGAGGCGUACCAAACCGCCGAAAUGCUCGCGUUCAACUUGAGCAUGGAUAUGACGCGACCCAUGCACGGCGGUGAGGCUGAAGGGGCUGAAACGGGGAAGGUGCAGAAAGUGGCUACGGAUGCGCAGGUUGCUGACCAUGGUGUUCUCGCUCUCACAGGUGCCGCUGGUGUUUCGAACCGCGGAGGUGCUCGGGGGGGGACGGUGGUCCACGCUGAUGACGAAGGGGCCGAGGAUACCGCGACGAAGGGUGCAACCCGCGAUGAGGCUGACCUCGCUGUUGCGCGUGAGGGGGAGGAGUCGAGCGAGGAGGAGGCGGAGGCACAUGUGGUAGCGGCCGCGGCAUCCAGCAGGCCCACUACAUCCGGCAAGAGCAUCAAGCACCUCGCGCAGCACUUGGCCCCCGGUGCUGGAAGCGCGGGCCCGAGUGGUGAGGUCGCGGGCAAGAGUCCCGUGACAGGUCCGCGUGAUCACGCGUCCCUGUCCUCGUUGCCAUCGCACAAGCUUGCUGCCGAGAUCCUGCAGCUCGACUGCAGGCUUGCAGCGCUGGCCGAAGAGAACGCACGGCUGAAGAAACGCCAGGAGUCGGGGGUUGGUGGGGUCGCGGUUGUGGGCUCUCACGAGCUUGCGUCCGCGCUUGCUAAUGCGGUUCGGGUGUUGGAGAAGGAGGCGAGGGCGAUCGCGCAGGAAAGAGCGGCACUGGUCGAUACGCGUAACCAGGAGGCGUUGGUGCUGGGGCGAGUGGACGCGAGGCUGGGACAGCUGCAGGGGGUCGUGACAGACUCUAUGGAAGCCGCUCAGAAGAAGCUGACGGACGAGGUUGCGCGGAAGAUCGACAACAUGUCGACCGCGGUCUCCGCGACAGCAGAGCGGGCAAUCACCACCAGCGGGGUCACGAACGCGCUGCACACCCUAAUCGCGCUCGUUGGAGGAGCCCCCCCGCCGCGCACGGAUAAUGAAGGAGCCGCCGCGACGGAGAUUGCCGAGCUCGGGGAUGCAGAGCAUGGAAAGCGGGCAGCGGGUGCGAAGGCGGAGAAUCAACGGGGGGCGAAGAGGCAGAGAGGUCCCCAGGCCUCGGCCGCGGUGCGCAAUCCGAGCGUGCAGGACAUGCUGAAGCAGAAGUGGGGCGCUGCAUCGCGAGGUCCAGCACCGCCUGGUUAA